AUGACCUUGAAGGAUCAUCUUGCGGAUUUAGUGGACCACUUCCAGGCUUUGCCUACGCCGGUGAAGCUUGUGAUCCUCAUUGCAGCCCCCAUCGUGUACAAUGUUCUUUGGCAGUUCAUCUACUCCUUUAGAAAAGAUAGAGCACCCCUUGUUUUCCACUGGAUCCCAUGGUUUGGAUCAGCUGUGACCUACGGUAUGCAGCCAUACGAGUUUUUCGAAAACUGCCGUGAAAAGUACGGCGAUGUCUUUGCUUUCAUGUUGUUGGGUAAAGUCAUGACGGUCUACUUGGGUCCAAAGGGCCACGAGUUUGUGCUUAACGCUAAGCUUGCUGACGUUUCCGCCGAGGCAGCUUACGCCCACUUGACCACUCCUGUCUUCGGUAAGGGUGUCAUCUACGACUGCCCCAACUCUCGUUUGAUGGAGCAGAAGAAGUUCGCAAAGACUGCCUUGACUAAGGAAGCUUUCCAGAGAUACGUGCCCAGAAUCCAGGAGGAAGUGUUGGACUACUUCAAGACCUGUCCUGAGUAUGAGAUGAACAAGCGCAACGACGGUGUUGCCAACGUGAUGAAGACCCAACCUGAGAUGACCAUCUUGACUGCUUCCAAGUCUUUGAUGGGUGACGACAUGAGAGCCAAGUUUGACGCCUCUUUUGCUCAGUUGUACUCCGACUUGGACAAGGGUUUCACCCCUGUCAACUUUGUUUUCCCUCACUUGCCUUUGCCCGCUUACUGGAAGAGAGACGCUGCUCAGCAGAAGAUCUCGGCUACUUACAUGUCCUUGAUUAAUGAGAGAAGAAAGACCGGUGACAUCAUCCCAGACAGAGACUUGAUCGACACGCUCAUGACAAACUCUACCUACAAAGACGGUGUCAAGAUGACCGACCAGGAGGUUGCCAACUUGUUGAUUGGCGUCUUGAUGGGUGGUCAGCACACUUCCGCUUCUACCUCUGCCUGGUUCUUGUUGCACUUGGCCGAGAAGCCUAAAUUGCAGGAGGAGCUUUACAACGAGGUGCUCUCUGUGUUGGCUGAAAAGGGUGGCAGCUUGAAGGACUUAUCCUACGAUGACUUGCAGAAGAUGCCUUUGAUCAACCAGACCAUCAAAGAGACGUUACGUUUGCACAUGCCAUUGCACUCCAUUUUCAGAAAGGUCAUGAACCCUCUCAUGGUUCCCAACUCUACUUACGUUGUUCCUAGAGGCCACUACGUCAUGGUGUCGCCUGGUUACGCUCAGACUUCUGAACAAUGGUUCCCCAAGGCCGGCGAGUUCGACCCUCAUAGAUGGGACGAAGAGUUGUCUAGCAACAUUGACUCUGAUGCCGUGGACUACGGUUUCGGUAAGGUGACCAAGGGUGUUACUUCUCCAUACUUGCCAUUUGGUGGUGGAAGACAUCGUUGCAUUGGUGAGCAGUUCGCUUAUGUCCAGCUUGGCACCAUCUUGGCAACCUAUGUGUACAACAUCAAGUGGAAGUUCAAGAACAACGGCUCGCUUCCACCUGUUGACUACCAGUCUAUGGUGACUUUGCCAAUGGAGCCUGCUGAGAUUGAAUGGGAGAAGAGAGAGACUUGUGUUUACUAA